UUACUGACACUCAGUACUGACAAUCGAAAGUCAUGAGAUGGCUAACAUGCAAAUUCGGUUCUUAACAGGAAAUGAUAAGGAAAACGUAUCUCAUUCCUGAUGAUAAUGAAAUGCUCGGGGUCGCAAGGCGAAAGAAUCUUACUGGUGCUAUUGCUAAUAAAGUAGUUCUUUUCCAACCUUCCCCUGAAGAACAUUUCAAGAUCGUGACACGUCGGCAUGACGGAAAUCAACGAACAGAACGGCAGUGUCAGCAACAGCGACAAUGAGAAAACGAACCAGCUGUCGAAGAACUGGUUAAUCAUUCUCUUCUACAUCUACCUGCACAUCUUCGGCAUCGGUGGAUUUUACUUUCUGUUUACCAAGGCGAAAUGGAUGACUGUGUUGUACUUUGCAUCCCUCGUCAUAUUCUCAUACAUCGGACUCACGGUGGGCGCCCAUAGAUUGUACGCGCAUCAGACGUUCACCGCCUCAACCUCACUCAGAUUCUUCUUGGUGACGGCGCACAUUCUAGCCGGCGUGGGUCCAUUAUACGACUGGGUGCUGUGGCACCGAGUACAUCACAAGUAUCACAAUACCGACAAGGACCCGUACGAUCACAGAAAAGGCUUCAUCUACGCGCACGUGUUGGGCAACUUCCUGUCGGUGCCGUCCGAUCAGCAAACGUACCUGAAGAACAUCGAUAUGCGUGACGUGGACUCCGACCGACUCGUUUGGUUGCAAAAGAGAUUCUACUGGAUACUUUUCAUCGUUCUCGGAUUUCUAUUGCCCGUCAGAGUGCCUGUGAUGUACUGGGGAGAGUCGUUCGUCAACUCUGUGCUAGUGAUCGGCGUAGCACGGCUGAUAAUAACGACUCAUAUAGCUUGGCUGGUCAACAGCGCUUUACUCGUCUGGGGUAUGAAAAAAGGAGCCAGAUACCCGAUCAACGAUAACUCCGUCUUCUUCCUGAUGAAGUCGUAUUGGCUCAAUUAUCACUAUAUCCUCCCGUGGGACUGGAAGAGCGAGGAGUUUGGUUCGUACGAGAAAGGCUUCUCCACUUUCAUGAUCAAGAUGAUGUACGAGAUGGGGCUAAUCAAGAACAUGAAAACCGCGACUACCGAGGACCUGCGGGAAACUCUCGAGGAGAUGGCCACAUCGCAGAUCCCGAUAAACGAAGCUUUCAACAAGUUGAAGAAGAAGUCAGAGGAGAACGCUUGCAGGGAGAGUCUGCUCUAUCAUCCCUAGGCGAAGAAUCAAUUUCAUAUACCUAAAGCACGAUUGUGUUAAAGUGUGGAUUUCAAUGAAGCAAAUAAUAAAGUCCUGAAAAUUUCAUGAAA